UAAUAAAGAGGAUUCAGUUAAUGAGGAUUUGGUUGAUGAGGAAACUGAUGAAGAAUAUAUGCUAAAUGAAGAUGUUCCAGUUGAUUUAUUCACAGUUCCUAAUUUUGAUGAUUUCGAUGAUGAACCAAGUCUUCAAACAGAUAAUUAUGAUGACUCAUGGAUACUUUUAUGGAUAUUCAAGUACCAACGUGAAUUAUAUAAGCUAAAAGAUCAGCCAGAUGAUGUUCAAAAUAAACAAGCAAGAAGAAAAUACAAAAACUCUCAACGUAGUGAAUUGCAUCCUUUGAAAAUCGAUAACAGAUAUUAUUCUCCUGAUGAUAGCAAAACAGACACAGAAUAUCAAACUAGCAAGAGAAAACUCAUAACAAAAAACCUCAAGUGGCGGUCAUUAACAACACAAAUAUUUCUGAGAGAAUAUAUUGAUAAACUAUUUGACGAAACCUCAAAAGUUCUAAAAAAAAGAAAGCAUUCUUAUAGUAAUCAGUAUGCUUCAGAGAAAGUGCCAUCUAAUGCUCCAAGAUGA